UCCCCUCCCCAUAGCUCACAAUCUUCUCUCUCUCUCUCUCUGGGAUUGUUCUUGAGAGAAGGGGAGAAGGAAUUGCAUGGGAAAUUGAUUAUUGGCUUUGCUUCUUCUUUCCCCCAACAAUAUUUCUAGUUCCUAGUCAGAUCUGGUGAAAUCGUGAAGAUGAGACUGCAAUUUUUACCCUAUCAUAUGUAUACGGAAUCUGUCCAUUAUGUUAUCAAGAAACGACGGACGUUAGGUGUUCUAGCUGUAAUGUUGGCCAUUGUCCGAUGGCGUCGUCGACGUAGACAUUACAGUCUUAGAAUGUCUCGAAGAAAGUAUGGGCCAUUGGUUGAUAGAGAUCUGGAGAGGCAAAAAAAGUUGAAUGACCUGUACAAUUCGACCGAUAAAAAUUGCAUCAGUCAGCUCCAGACGACGGGGCCGCUGCGCAGUGGGUUUGAUGAUGUGAACAAACAAGUGAUGCUCUCCCAAUCUACUCUAGAUGGCUUAUCGGCCAAUGAUCGUGGAAUUCUCUCUAAACCGAUUCAGUUCUACGACAAGUUGAAGGAAUUAUUUAGUGGCUCGUCGGCAGAUGGCUCUUUUAUGCAAGACCCUUUCUCUGCAGCUGAAACUGACAAUGAUGAUAAGGUAAAAGAUGACAUGAUGAAUGAUAUGUCCACCUUUGUUGAAGCGAAGGGUCCAACAGGUCAUGACUCGGAUAAAUUAGAUACAGAUAGUGAUGAUUGUGAAGCGGUGGCUGCUCUUGCUGCAACUGAUAGUCAAGUUUCCUCGUCCAAUGUUGCGGCUCUAAAGCCUAACAAGAAAAGUUUCAAAAAAAGUGCAAAGCCAAAUACUCUGCCACCACCACAAAAUGAUAAAGCUAAAAGGUCAAAGCCAAGAUCAUCUCAAGCAUCACAAGAUGACACUAAUAUGGAUGUGCUGCUCACAAGUACUUUGAUGGGCAUACGAGAAACCCUUGCAAGUCCAGUACAGACGGUAGCCCCAAAGGACCCGAAUGCUCCUUUAUGGGACAUGCUCAAGAAGAUUCCGUUGCCACCUGAUGAGAGGAUGUCGGUCGGGAUGCAUCUAUGCAAGCCAGAAUUUGCAGUCCAUCGAGGUUUUCUUGUCAGCAUGGGUCAAGAAUACCUGGAGCGUUGGGUGUAUACAUACUUAUCUUAUCUGACAAUUAUCCUGCUGGCAAACGUGUCGGCGAUGAUCUUGUUGGUAACCUUGGAAACAAAGAUCCUGCUAGUAACCUUAGCGAUGAUCCUGUUGUUAACUCUACCCCUUUCUGAGUAAGAUUGAUUGGUGGUCUACCAUAUUGUUGGAUCCUUUUGGUUGCAAAACACUAGUUUCUAAGUAGUCAAUGACUAGCUUUUGGCUAUGCACAACUGAUGUCUAAGUAAUGGCUGAUGGUGGUAUUAUUUUGCUACAGCCUUCUGCUUAGUUUCCAAGUAGUAUCAGCAUGCAUGAUAUGAUUAUUAGAUGCUAAUGUGAAAGCUGUGUUGCUUUCUGACUUGGAUAAGUUUCUAGGUAGUAUCAGGAUGAAUACAUAAUUAGACUUCUGG